GGACCGGAAGUGGGACAAGUGAUUCUGCCUCGGGAUGACUCGUGUCUUUUCGGGAUGCGCUGAGUGGUUCUGGUUCUGGACAAGCAGCGGGCUGGGUCACGGAGAACCGGGAGGAGAGUCUUCCUCCUCCUCUUCCUCCUCCAGACCUUCCAGCUGGAUCACACAGCGCCACCAUGUGGAGGAAAACGGUUCUACUGCUGCUUCACAUCAUGGAAGCUGCAGUGUCGCCGCCCUGCUGGCAGGGGGCGCCCUUCCCGGAGGCCGUGGUGUCCCCGGCGGCGGUGAGCAGCGGCAUCGUGCGCGUCUCGGCCGCGGCGUCGCUCCAGCAGUGCGUGGCGGCGUGCUGUCACCUCCCGGCCUGCGACCUGGCCUGGCGCUUCCAGGGCCGCUGCUAUGUGCUGAGCUGCCAGCAGGGGGCGGACUGCCGGCCCCGGGUCCGGCCCGGCGCCGACUCGGUUCUGGCCUUCCUGCAGCGUCCGGCCCGCUCCCUGCUGCGGUCCCUGCGAAGGCCGGCGCGGUUCGGCCGGACGCGGGGGCCCGGCGGCGACCAAGAGGCCCUCAAGGGCCCGGUUCUGUUCGACGGGCCCAAGCCAACCUGGUCCGACCCGGCGGCCCCGGAGGCGGAUUGGUUCUGGUCUGAGUUCAACCAAUCACAGGAGGCGGAUCCUGGAGGGGCGGAGUCAGACAGCAACCUGACCGGAACCGGUACCGCGGAUCAGGAGGAGCCGCGGUACCGAUGGACCAGAACCACAGAACCAGCUGGUGCAGCUGCUGCAGCGCGAACGACAGGAAGUCAGACAGCAGAGCUUCCUGCGCCUGACUCCGCCCCUACGGGUCACAUGAUCACACCCGGUGACGUCAUCAACACCACGGUGAACCCAGAACCAGCUGCAGAAAUGCUUCAUGUUGGGUCUGAUCUGGACCGGCUACCUCCAGGUUGUCCCGUUGGGGACCCAGUGGACCUGGUGGACCCGGUGGACCUUGGCGCCGCCGUGACAUCAGAACUAAUUGAUUCUUCUGAACCCGGGAACGGAACUUCAGAACCUCUGAAGGUUCUCCAGGCUCCAACCACUGACCCGCUGAACCAGGUGACCUCUGACCUCACUACCUCAGCUGCUCUCCCCCAGACCACUGCAGAACCCCAGGUGCCGAACCGAGCCCCGCUGGCCGCUGUGGGUCCGGACCUCCGUCUGGUUCUCCCUCUGAGCGCCAGCCUGUUGCUCAACGGCAGUGGCAGCACCGACGACCGCGGCAUUAGCGGCUACAACUGGGAGGUGGUGAGCGGUCCUCCCGGUUUGCGGCUGCAGGAUGCCGACCGGGCGGUUGCCAUGGCGACGGGCCUAAGGGCGGGGCGCUACGCGUUCAAGCUGACGGUGUCGGACCAGCAGGGGGCGACAGACAGCGCCCUGCUGUCGGUGCGGGUCCAGGAAGCCCGCAGUCUUCCUCCGGUGGCGCACGCCAGCGGCAGCCAUGUUCUGGUUCUGCCCAACAGCUCUGUGGUUCUGGAGGGGUCGGUUACUGAUGGAGACCAGACAGAGGUCCGGUACCGGUGGACCAGGGACAGCCAGAGUCCGGCAGCCGGGGAGGUUCUGUUUGGCUCGGAGACCCAGCGGGUUCUGUACCUGUCGGACCUGGUGGAGGGAACCUACCUGUUCCAGCUGAUGGUGACGGACUCUCAGGGCCGGGUCAGCACCGCCACCGCCACCGUGGAGGUCCGGCCAGAACCAGGCGGCAGCCAGCAGGUGGAGCUGGAGAUGCUGGUGGCGGUGUCUCAGGUGAGCGUGGCUCAGAGGGACACACUGGUCCGGCAGCUGGCGGCACUGAUCCACGUCCUGGACCGAGACAUCCGGGUCCGGGCGCUGCGGGGACGGACCCAACUCAGCACGGUUCUGCAGUUCUGGGUCCAGGGCCCGAUCGGACCCGUCCCGGCCUCCAGCCUGGUGGUUCUGCUCAGGAAGCAGCUGCUCCGAGACAAGAGCGACUUCCUGCUGUUCAAGGUGCUGAGAGUUGACACUGUGGCGUGCGAGCUGAGCUGUUCAGGGCGGGGCCAGUGUGAUCCAGUCACCAAGCAGUGUUCCUGUGACCCGUUCUGGACGGAGAACCUGAUCCGGCUCUACCUCGGGGACGGAGAGAGUAACUGUGAGUGGAGGGUUCUGUUCGUGAUCCUGAGCAGCUUCCUGACGAUGGUCCUCAUCCUGUCGCUCAGCUGGACCUUCGUCUGCUGCAGCCGGAGGAGGAAGCAGAGGAAGGGCAGGAAGAAGACCAGGUACACCAUCCUGGACGACAUGGACGAGCAGGAGCGGCUGGAGCUCCGGCCCAGAUUCAGUCUGAAGCACCGCAGCACGGAGCACAACUCCAGCCUCAUGAUGUCCGAGUCGGAGUUGGACAGCGACCAGGACUCCGUCUUCAGCCGGCCGGUCCGCAACCGGGUCAGCUGCCAGGCCGCGCGCAACGGGAACGCCUUGGGGUGAAGACCGGAAGCCCGGGGGGACAGUGAGGGUUGGAGGAAGUCUGGACGGCGCUUCCUGGUGGCGGCAUGUUCGGUUCAGAGGUUUCAUUCGUUCUUGCCAGAGAAACAUUCAUGAAGCAAAGACUUGGCCUGCAGGGGGCAGCACCACAACAUGAGUUCAGGUUCUGUUAAUCUGGGCCUGUUGGACUGUUCCUUUAGUGUCGCAUCAGAACCAGAACCGGACCCAGCGGGGAUUAUUUACAUCCUGGUGAACCCAAACGUCUCAGCAGAACCAGCUCCAUGUCGCUUCAUGUCUGGAGAUUUAAAGUCAAAGUUUCAGGAGAAGCUGAAGAAAUAAAACAUAAAUUCAUCCAUCAGUUUAUUUCAGAUCAAACACAAACCUACAAAAAUCUAAACAGCAAAGUUUUCCAGGAUAAUCCGAGACACUUUGUUACUAACGGAACAUCGAGCGUCCAACAGAUCUCUGUGUGCAGCAGAACCGACCCAGUUCCAGCCGGAAACCCAGAUUCUGGAUUCAUCAGAUUAAAGUCAACAUGAAACUCCAACUUCAGUUGUUUUUUAUUCCACAUUGUCGCCUGAAUGCAUCAGGAAAAGGGUUCAGGAAGUUUGGGUCCAAUCAAACGGCUCCUAGGACAAAGAAAGCGACGUGGAGAUCUGAGAGUAGAAGCAAUUUGGACCGAACUGAAAUAUGAUCAGUUCAAUUUUUCCUUCGUCAUUGGACGAAGUUUUUUAUGGACUUUUGACAAAUUUUCUUUGUUUCAUUUUGUCUCGGUAAUAGUGAUAAAAGUUUGUAGUGACUUUUAUCACUAUUACUUUUAUCACUAUGCGUAAACGUGGGCGGAGCUUCGUCCUUCCAAAUAAUUGAAGGAAAACAAAUCACUUUUGGGUCAAAAAUCACAAAACCACAUUUAACAUGAUCAGUCUGAGGAAAUCAGGUCAUUAAACCUAAAGGCGGUAGUACCUUACCUGACCACCAGAUGGCAGUGUUCAUUACACACAGAACCUUUAAUUGGACCAGCUGCAGAGCCUAACCCUGACCCUAAAGUUGAACAAUUUAAGGCAUAAAAAUGUUACUUGUAUAGAAAAAAUUAACAAUAAUAAAAAAUGUUUUCAUGGUGA